GCCAGGCGGUGCAGGAGCACGGCACCGACCCACCACCGGGCCAGCUGAGCAUGGUGUAGACUGGAGCUGGGAAGGACCGUGGGAGUGUGUAGGAGUGCGAUGGAACAAACUGGAGUGUAAAGUGUGCGUUUGUGUUGACGGGUACGCGAGUGUAAAUUAUCGGUGAUCCAAGGAAGCGGUGUGUUGACUAACCGAACUGCACGGACAUGUCAGCCGAGUGAAACGCCGACUAUUCUGUCGUCAUAACCAGAAGCCGGUUAGACAGCUAUGUGGCAGAAGCUGGACAGACUGCUCGGACAAAAAUGCUGCGUCUUCUGCGGCCGGAGUCCAACCGACCCGGGCCCGGCCGUGCAGGUGGAGCUGGUGCCUCCAGACGCACAGAAAGCGGUCGCCAACGGUGUGGUACCCCCAGCCAACGGUCACGUCCCCAACGGACUGGUAGCCUCAGGUCGACCUCCGCCGCAGCCGGGCCCUCACGGCGCCGGUCCGAGGGUCUACCAGGACACUCGGGUCCAGCUGACAGGGACCUUCCAGCCGGCUACAUCCCCCAGCGCUGGCUUCUUCAACCGGCCUGCAGCUCAGAACGGCGGCGCCCAGCCGGCAGCUGGAGGGGAGGUGUCCAGAGCGACUGCCGGUCCUCCGCCGCAUGUUCAGCAGCAGGGCGCCUACCAGCAGCGAGAGGCGCCAAGGCAGACGGUCAGCUGGGGGCCUCCUGACCCUGCUGGAGGCUGGCCUGCCUCUGACGCGACGCGGCCGACCUCAGGUCACGCUGGAGGUCCACCAGCGGCGUCUCUGCGGCACCCUUACCAGCCUAGCCCGAGCAAACAACCCGUCCCUCCAAGCUCAGCGGCGGCGACGAACGGGGCUCAGCAGGGCGCGGCAGUCACCUCCCGACCAGACGGGAGUGGUCCUGGCACUGGAACUAAUCGUGCGACCCUGCAGUGGGGAGCUCAGGUGCCCCCGCCGGCCUACUCACUGCCCCGUCAGCAGCAGCAGCAGCGGCCGGCCGAGCAGGCGCCGCCUUCCACUGCGGCCACUCUGCCCGCGGGGACGGGUCACGACCGGUCACGACCUGGCGAGCCGCCGACAGCAGCGGGGGUCACG